AAAGAAGUGCAUGGACUCUCUUUGGCAACGUUACUGGAAAAAAGACAAACGAUUUUUCGACUCGGUAUCUGAUUUUAUUGAACUUUAGUUCAACUUUUUGGUUAAAUUGUACAAAAUGUAUUCCAAUGUGUUGGGGGGUAAAAACUACUAAAAAAACAGCAACACACACACACACACACACACACACACACACACACACACACACACACACACACACACACACACACACACACACACACACACACACACAAACACACACACACACGCACACACACCAAUGAGAUGAGUGUGCUGGUGUGUGGUCAUGGACUGUUUGACAACUCAGUGCCAGUAAAGAGGUUCUCUGAAUUGCAAGACGCGAGCUGAACACACUCUGUUCACUCUUUAAGGAGAGAAAAGCAAAAUGAUGGACGUUGCUGUCAAGGUUUUUCUGCUUUGCUGCCUGUUUGAAGGCAGUCGGUGCCAGAAUUGGGCGACCUUCAUGCCGACCAGCGUGGAGGGUCUGGUCGGCUCCUGCGUGAAGAUCCCCUGCAGGUUCACCAUGCCUCGUCAACUGGAGGCCGACUUGGACGACACCUGCCGAGCCAUCUGGAGGAAGGGCUACUACAGGACGGAGGUGUUCGACUCCAGCCGCACCGGGGGGAGGACCGAAACGGACCUCCUGCAGGGAAACCUCACCGGGAACUUGAAGGACCGGGACUGCACCACCAUCCUGCACAACGUGAUGUCCGACCACAACGACUAUUAUUACUUCAGACUGGAGUGUGACAACUACAUCAAGUUCAACUUUUUCGACAACAGUGUGACUUUGGACAUCAAAGACUCUCCCCCCAGGCCCAAAAUCCUGGCCGACAACGGCGACAUAAUGGAGGGCGACACCCUGACGUUGCGGUGCAGGGCCCCCGCUCAUUGUCCCUUGCUGCCUCCCGCUCUGACGUGGACGCCACUGCUGGCCGACGCCCAGGAGACGCUGGAGGGGUCCGUGGUGACGUCCGUGAUGGCGUUGACCGCCACUUACCUCCACAACGCUGCCGAGGUCUCCUGCACGGCGCGCUACAGGAGACAAGAUGGACGACUCGACGACACCCAGAAGAGUUUGACCCUUCGUGUCGGCUACGCUCCAAAGAACACGUCAGUCAGCUACAUGAGUCCGGCGACGGAGGGAACUAUCCUCCUCCUGACCUGCCACACCGACGCCAACCCAACCGUGGACAGCUACACCUGGUACCAAGUGGACGGAGGUCAGGUGACACCGGUGGGAUCCAGGAAACGACUUUACAUCACGGUCACGGAGGCCACAAACAGCUUUUAUUGCAGAGUCCACAACAGAUAUGGAUACCAGAACUCAUCCAGAACGCUGAUAGAGGUGCAAUUUCCUCCCAAGGAAACAUCAGUUAUCGUGGAGCCCGAUGGUCCGAUAGUGGAGGGCGACGCUGUAGUCCUGCUGUGUCAAAGCCGGGCCAAACCGCCUGUGUCCGACUAUGCCUGGUUAAAAAACGGCAACCGAAUAUACAACGAGACGGACGGGGUCUUGUUCUUGGAACGUGUGGAGGAGAGAGAUGGCGGGCUCUAUCGCUGUAGAGCCAUAAACCAGCUGGGAGAGGACCUCUCAGACGCCGUUCAGCUGGACGUUGAAUAUGCUCCGAGAAACACUUUGGUGGCGGUCUAUCCGUCCGGCCCAGUCCCAGACGGCAACACUGUGACUUUAAGGUGCACGAGCGUGGCCAAUCCAGCGGUGGCCAACUUCACGUGGUACAGAGUGGCUGCGGGGGAGCGUGAGGUGAUCGGCCAAGGAGAGGCGAUCUCCUUCAAAGUGAAAAAACUUUCACAGGAAGACUUCUACUGUCAAACUGUCAACGUCCACGGCCUUGACGUCUCUGAGACUCUCAACAUCAAUGUCACAUUCCGUCCAGAGAUCCUGGCCUCGUCCCACUGCGAAGACGUCUCAUCCCAGACACGAUGCUCCUGUGACAGCCGGGCCAACCCGACACCUUUGCUCUAUUGGGAGUUAUCCGGGGUGCCUGUCAAUCACUCUUCCAUCACGGAGAUGGCCCUCGGGGGCGGGGCCAUGACCAGCGUUGUCACGUUCCAGCUUCCGGACCAAGACACCUUUUUGUUGGUCUGUUACAGCGUCAACCCUCUAGGCUUGGACAGUGUGGCCUUCAACAUGUCCUCCCCCCGCAUUGAAAACGGUCGGUCCAGUCUGGGGGUUCUGGUCGGCUCCACCGUGGCAGUGUUAGCCAUGCUGUUCUUGAGUUUGCUGCUGUUCUUGUACAUUCGCAGGAAAACCAAAGGCAACUUUCCAGCCAAUCAGGGACGAGCAGAGAACACCGCCCGCUUCCCAGUGACAAACGAGAGCAACUCGGGCUACGUUAACGCCACUUACACCAACAACGUGGCGAAGGAGGAAGCGCCCGCGGAGGAGGACCAGCUUCACUACGCCGACGUCAAACUGGCCAAAUUGCAGGCGAUGUCAGACGGCGAGCCCGAGAUCCGAGGCCUCGCCUCCAUGACGGGCGAGUACGCCGAGAUCCGGCUGCGCCCGAAGGGCAGCGAUGGCGGCGGAGGAGAAGAAGCCGGCAACCGAACUGGGGAGGAGGAGGACGGAGCAGCGAGCGAGGAGGUUUUGUUUUAGGCGCACCAAGAACAGAAAAGUCCACUUCUAUUUUAUUCAAUUUUUUUGUCUGUUUACUGACAAAUAUUUAUUUGAAUUAUUCAUAUAUAUAUGUGUCUUGAUUGGAUUAUCCAGAGAAUAGUGCUCGAUACCGUGGUGAAGCGCAAUAUGUAUGUGUGGGAAAAAUCCCAAGACGACAGAACUGUUUCAUGAGGGGUUCCCUCAAUCAUCAGGAGAUUUUAAUGGAAGCAUUCACAUACAAUGGUUUAGAUAGCAGCGAGAAUACCAAAAAGCGCAUAUGCCAAAUCUUCAAAGAGAACGGCCUACGGAUCCCGAUUGAAGCCAACAAGCAAACCAUCACAUUCCUCGACGUCACUUUCAACCUGAGAAAUAACAGCUACCAACCAUUCACGAAACCCAACACAACACUCCAAUACGUGCACCAUGACAGCAACCACCCACCCUCCACCACGAAAAGAAUACCUACCGGAAUUAAUAAAAGGCUAUCGAUGCUGUCAUCUAGCAAAGCUGAAUUCAACCAAGCAACACCCCCGAACCAGAAAGCACUUGAUGAAAGCGGAUACAACUUCACCCUCACCUAUGAACCCACGCCAGGAAACCAACCAAAAAAGAGCAGAAAACGAAACAUCAUCUGGUACAAACCCCCAUUCCGCAAAAACGUCUCAACCAAUAUUGGCCACAAGUUCCUCACUCUGAUCAACAAACACUUCCCCAAAGGCAACACCCUAAGAAAAAAUAUUCAACAAGAGCAACAUUAAAUUGAGCUACAGCUGUAUGAAUAACAUACAACAAAUCAUUUCAAACCACAACAAAGCAAUUGCAAAAGGACUGCCUGCCCCCAGACUAAACGACUAUGAAACCAAUAAGGAAUGUAACUGCCGCAAGAAACCUGAGUGCCCUCUCAAUGGGGGGUGCUUACAAACAUCAGUCGUUUACCAAGCAAAGGUAACACGCAAGGACAUUAGCACAUCGGACACAUACGUAGGAUUAACCAAAGGAGCAUUUAAAACCAGAUGAAAUAAUCACAAGGCCUCCUUUAGAAACCAGACCUUGCGGAAUUCUACAGAACUCAGCAAGCACAUUUGGAACCUCAAAGACAAUAAUGUUGAAUAUUCAAUAACAUGGCAAAUUCUUGCAUCCAGCACACCUUACAACAGUGGUAAUAAAAGAUGCAACCUAUGCUUGGAAGAGAAACUGUUUAUUAUAUAUCAUCCAGACCUGUCAUCCCUCAACAAGCGCAGUGAAAUCAUAUCAACAUGCCGUCACAGACGGAAACACCUCCUAGGUAACACAUGAGCCAAUCACCACGCCCCUACGCCUGCCUGUACCCACCCACUCUGUGCCCUAUAUAAACCAUUGUAUGUGAAUGCUUCCAUUAAAAUCUCCUGAUGAUUGAGGGAACCCCUCAUGAAACAGUUCCGUAG